AUGGGAAAACUUAUCUUUGCAUUACCACUUGUUGCCUUGCUUAUUGUUACAGGAGUUGUCUUGUUAAAAGACAAACAAAACUUAGAAAAAAAUCCUAUAACUCUCCUCCAGUGGAAUGACUGCUUAAAUCGUGUUUAGUAUGAUUAAGAUUGCCUCAAUCCUAAUAAGAAACCUGUUCAAGCUACCUUCAGCCUAAUUGACUAUACUAGUGACAGUGCUCUUCCUGCCUGCAAAAGCUUUUAUACCUAUAUUGCAAAUGCCAGUGGAAAGCUUCCCUUGAACUUGAAUAAUUUCUAUGAAGAUUGUUUUUUGAAUGAAAAAACAUUACAUGCAGCCAAAAUCGAUUCUAAAACCAGCUGUUUCUACAAUUAAUACUUCAAGCCCAAAUAUAUUGAAUGUUAUUACUAAUGA